GCUCGGAGCCGGGCCGGAGCCGGGCGCGGGCGGCGCAGAUACCCCUCUCCCAGUUCAAUGGAAAGAAUUGCAUUUUUUUCUGGACUCCUUGGCAUGUACUUUCUUCUCCCCAGGAGGCAAGCCUGACUGCUUGUUGACACCCCUGGGCAAGCACUGGUGAGAGGGCAGGAGACGCAGCAAUAUGCCACACUUCUGCCUGCCGUUGGCAACCCUCCUGGAGUAGGACGCUCUUGUUAAUCACAUGGAUGUUGUGUCCUUGAAUGAGGGUGGCAAGGAGUAGGAGAAGAGGAGGAGGAGGAGGAAAAGGAAAGAAAAUUAAGAAAGAUACGUGCGUUGGGACCGUCCAAAACACAAGGUCAGAAUGCUGCCUCUCUGUCACGCCCUAGCUGUAGCUGUCGUCCAGAUCUUUAUCUUCUCAGAAAAUUGGGCAUUUGCCAAGAACAUCAACUUCUAUAAUGUGAGGCCUCCUCUUGACCCUACACCAUUUCCAAAUAGCUUCAAGUGUUUUACCUGUGAAAACGCAGGGGAUAAUUAUAAUUGCAAUCGAUGGGCAGAAGACAAAUGGUGUCCACAAAAUACACAGUACUGUUUGACAGUUCAUCACUUCAAUAGCCGUGGAAGAAGUACAUCCAUCACCAAAAAGUGUGCCUCCAGGAUUGAAUGUCAUUUUGUCGGUUGCCACCGCAGCCAAGAUUCUGAGCACACGGAGUGUAGGUCUUGCUGUGAAGGAAUGAUCUGCAAUGUAGAAUUACCCACCAAUCACACCAACGCGGUCUUUGCCAUAAUGCACGCUCAGAGAACAUCCGGCAGCAGCGUCCCUGCGCCCUACCUCCCAGUGCUCAUCUGGGUCUUUGUGCUUCCGUUGCUAUGAUGCCACCAUUCCUCAGAGAGGCAGAGACCAGCUCUCUAAAGCACAAGCCAACAACAGUGUGCACGGUGAACUUUGGCAUGAAGACCAGUCUUGUGCUUGGUGAAGAGUGCACCUCAGACCCCAAGGCAGAAGCUGGUGGUUUGCUUUGGUAAAAUAUGCCCAUGUGAGACCAUAAGACUGAGCACAGGAAUUUGGCAGGAACUGAGAAGAUGGUCCAGCUUCCAGGCUUCGUGGUCAAAGGGGACUUCAAUUCUGCAGGGAAGAUCCUGGCAAUUAGUCCCCACCUGACUAGGCCUUUAGCUGAAAGAAUUUAUUGACUUUGUUGACGGGAGGCUGCCAGGGCAAACCCUCUUGUUUCUGUAAUUAGUUCAGAGUGUCUCUGUGAAAUCUAACCCUUCCCCCCAUGAGAGAGCAGUUUCCCCCCCAGUAGCAUCGUCAAUGAGAAAGGCAACUGUAUGGAGAAAGCUCGCUGUUGAACUAAUAUGAAAUCCGUUUGCUAAGUGUUGGGGGGGUGGGAAAUAAAGCUUUUAAAUUAUACGGUGUAAA